AAACUACGCGUACAUUAUGCGCAGGCGGAAGGGAAGCAAAAUGGCGAGAAGAUAGUGUUUUGAAAGUCACACCAAAAUACCGACAAAAUGGCUUGAUUCCACCGCCGUAACAAGUACUUAUGACCGGAUGGAGUCAAGAUUAGGCCACGCCAAGCAUACCUUUACUUCGCUGUGCUGAAAUAUCGUCAAUAUGAACUACGUACGCAAACUAGUCGGCUUCAAACCCAGACCGGGAACCGAUGCGGUCUCUCAGUCUAACCAAGACGAUGAACUAUGUCUUAGACAUUUACGGAAACUCUACAUGGAAUUUCGCCACUCUUCAACCCCCAUGACCAUCAAGGAGCAAGAUAAUGCUCUAUAUCGUAUGCUCCCCCUAUUCUGUAAAAUAUUUGCUCACACAAAACCAAGCAGUUUGACGGAGAAGUUCGGAGAUGCAUGUCAAUUCGCCGCGCAUAUCUCUCAAUUGAUGGUCCGAGAAAUACGAAAACGUUCAUCCGACCGCAAUCACGAAGCAGCUAGCAAUUCGGUCAUGGAAUAUCUACUUUCUGACUCCGUCGAGGAUUCCACCUCGGGCUGGAAAUUACUGUCGUCUUUGAAUAUUCUAGCGUGUGGAGAGAGCCCCGUAGUAGAAUGUAUGGUAGCCGCUAGUCUCCCAUCCACGCUAGUCAAAUGUUUAUGUUUAUUUUUUGAAUUGACACCCGCCGUAAGCGUAGGCGAGAAAUCAGUCGAAGAUCAAGAAGACGAUAGAGUUCUUGUACAAAAAAUUUAUACUCAAGUCUUGGUAAAUCUGUGCAAUUCACCCGCAACGUGCCAUGAACUCGUAAACACGGACGAUUUAUCAGUUCUAUUCUCGGCUAUUUCGUGCCCUUGCAGUAAAUAUAACUUGAUCUGGAGAGGGGCUGCCUCUGAAAUUCUGAUGACUCUGAUGCGAUAUGGCCUCAACAAAAGCGUCCUGGACUAUAUAUGCAAAAAGAACUGCAUUCAACAAUGUGUGGACAACAUGCGUCGGAUCCAGGCCAUCAGCCCGAUAGAACUCGUCAAGAUCCUUGUUACGCUAGUCUGCUGUUUAAAGGAGUCCUCCAACAUCUCACAUCAACUCCUCGCAGACUUCCGCAAUAGCCAUGGUUACCUAUUCCUAUGCGACCUGCUCCUCAUGUUGUCUGAACUUGAAGACGAGGAGUCAAGGGAAGCGUGUCGUAAUGUGGUGUUGCUGGUAUCACAGCUGGUUCUUGUUGGUCACGUUCAUUUAAGGCCUCUUGUUAGCAUCGGAGCGCCAUUCCAGGAUCCAGCCUUUACAAUACCAGAGCCAAUAGGCAAAGGAGUCAGUGUCAGAAAUAUUGAAGCAUUUCAAGUCUUACAGACAGUAUUUCUCAAGACAUCAAACAAACAGCUCUCCCUGCACAUUCUGGAUUCCAUAUACACCAUCUACGACUCCGACCCAACCAACUACUUCAUCCUAGAGCCUCAGCACACGUUGUCUUUGUUCAUCGAAAAGGCACCAGAGAAGGAUGUAGACAUCCAAGAGCGCAUCUUUAAGCUCCUUGAACUGGUUAUCUGUAGUUUGAACUGGGUGCCAUGCCCUGAGCUCAUAUCUGUCAGUAUACUCUUCAAGAACAAAGUAGUGAGUGGGGUCCAUCAAGUGGCACUCUCUUUCCUUAUCCGCAUUUUGAGCUUUGAGCCCAAGUACAAGGAUGUCUUCAGAGAAGUUGGUGUUCUGGAAGUCUUGACCAGCUCCUUAAAGGGACAUGCUGCCGCACUCAAGGAAGCAAAUGAAGCACUACUGAACCCUUCAGCAAGCACAGAGGAGGGUCUGACCCUCAAGGUAGAGGAGCAGCAGGACUAUGCCUUCUUGUUAAUGAGCUGUUUACGGCUGCUGCUUGAGGGAAAUCCUGAGAAUGCCAAGAUGUUUAGAGCAUGUGGUGGUGCUCGCUGUGCCCAUAACAUGAUUCCACAGCCCAAGUCACGGACGGAUGCACUCAGAAUCAUCCAGGAGCUCCUACUAAGUGGAGGGAAUGAUGACUUGGGAACCUUGCUUGGUUUGAUGCACUCCACGCCACUCUCGGAAGUUGCCCUGAAGAUUGAGGUGCUUAAUUCAUUGUUACGGGUCUUUGAGCUAGAGCCCAACACAAGGGCAGUAUUUCGUGAGGUUGGAGGAUUCGUCUAUGUGAUGUCCGUUCCCCUAAGCAUGGAGGGGAGCCUCAGCACUCCACCAGUAGCGACAUGGGCGAAUGUCGAAAGGGACGACGUACUGAUGCUUCUGAGGACAGUGUUCCAUGUCCUAACUGCUGCAAUGCAAGAUGAGCCUGCAAACAAGAACUAUUUUAUGGAUGAGGUCCGAUUCCGAGGUCUCGCUGAUACCAUACGACUCCUAGGCUGCUACUCCUUGUCGACGCAGACCCUCCCUCCUAACACCGGUGACCACGCCCUUGAUUACCGCCACUUGACGUCCAGCUCCUCCCACCCCCCUCUCACCCCGACUCCAAGCAGCGACUCGGUGCGGUCCUCAGUCAUGGGGGAGGUGCUGGGUGACCCUGAUUUGGAUUCUUCGUCAGUGCUUUAUGCUGCGAAUGAGAUGUUUAAGUGUCUGUUUGAGAUGGCUACGGAUUCGUUUGGGUUAAAGGCAGGGAAUUACGGCCCAACAGACCAAGUUAAUGGCCUCGCAGUGCCUCAUUACGGCUCGUCUAUCUUGUCCAUCUACCAUGCGGGGGCGAUCACUGCUGUGGUGGACCUACUACCAGCUGUGUGCCAAGACCCGAAAGAUGACGACGAUUCUGCUCCUUCUGAGGAUGUCCUUGACCUUCAGCGCUUCUGGUUGGGCCGCUUGCAGAGCCUGCUGCGCUCAGAGCAUAACCAGCAAGUCAUGUGUCAGGCGGGUCUUCCUCAGCAGCUCCUGCAGCGGUGCGAGGCCGCCUUUGUGGACGAGAACCACCCUCUCAAUCCUCCUCUGCAGAGGAUGUUCGAGAGGCUGGCGUCUCAGGCACUAACACCAACAGUCCUAAGGGACUUUCUUCGCCUUGGCAACCCCCUUCUCUGCAAACCACUUGAGCCUCUGCCAGAGCAGGACUCAUCGGACUCCAGUCACACCUCCAAGCAGCGAUCACUAGAAGAGCUGGGGGCGUCAACAGAAGAGGGAGAAUCUCCCAGUGCAGACCCCACUGACUCUGAUACCACCGACUUCCGAAAACUCUCAGAUGCCAGUCUUCGGAAACUAUCGGAUGCUGUGGCGAGGAAGGUGUCUGACGUGUCAGGGCGUAGCCGCGGGGACUCCAGGGUUGAGACUCUUGACUCGCAGAAGGGUAACAUUAGCUUCAGGGAUGUCAUGAUGAGCAUGAUGCAGCCAAGCUCGGAAUCAGGGUCAAGCUCAGGAGAGUGCUCGGACAGCGAGAAUGAGCCAGGGUUUGAAAUCGUUGCGGAUGAAACUCCAGUUUCUGAAGAUAAUCCAGCAUCAGAGGACGGGGAGACGUCCAAGGAGUCGAUUAGCGAGGAUGCGCCUGCUGAGGUGGGAACACAGCCCAAGGAUGUGAAACUGGAGGAACUAAACGAAGAUGGAGAAAUUUUACCCACACCACCGCCUAGACAUAAGAGGCGUAAACCUCUCCCUAGGAAUGAUGCAUUUGAGCCUGCGGAGCUUUACGGUGGUAUGGUUGCAUCGUGCUUCUCCCAGGAGGCAGCUCCCACUACCGUUGUGGACGGGGUGGAUAUCGAUACCGUGGGGGAUUCUGAGCAGGAAGUGUCUAGUAUAGACCAAGGUGAUGACAUGGUGAUUGUAGAUGUUACUAGCGAUGUCGCAGCUGGGAAGUCUAAUACUGAGGAUGAGGAAGAGUCGGAAAAUCAGGAACUAGACUCAACAAGGACUUCGGGAUUGUUGGAGAGUUUGACAGACAAUGAUUAUGAUGCGGAUUCAGUCAGAGAAAAUACUCUUUCACCAAGGAGGUCCUCCCAGGGAAGCAUUGCUUCCAGCAACUCGGCAGAUAUGGAUGCAGAGGAAAGACGUGAUGCCUAUCAGAAAGCCACGGAAAUGAGCGUAGAAGACAUUGUUCACAGCAUGCAUAUCGCUCAAGAUGACGAGGAUACCGAGUACAGCGAGACCAGUACGGAAAUCAACCCAGACACAAACACCGAAAUGAGCGCACCACUUACAAGGAACGCCGAGGGGGAGGGGGUGGAGGAGGAGGAUGGGGAGGAGGAUCCCCCAGCAGUCCCGCCCCCACAACCGGUACCCCUCACACGUGUCAAGUGUCUGGUUUCCAUGACAACUCCCCGUGAUGCUCGUGCACAUGGGGUGUCCUAUUCACCCGCAUUUGUGGAGUUUGACAUGAGUAAGGAUGGGUUCGGCUGUUUGUUCCUGCCUGCCAUAGCGCCUCAGGCUUUAGCGAGUCCCUCCGUCAGUACAGUUGUUGGGACUCCUGUGGCUGUAGUUGGCUCUGUGCCUGGUGUUGGGACUGGAGAGAGGGUUUUCCCCCCACAAGCAGGAUUGACGUUUGCCACGUGGAUCUGCAUUGAUAGGUAUAGCAGGGUGACAGAUGACCCCCACCCGGUACGUCUGCUGACUGUAGCGCGGCAGUUCCGCACAUCUGAAGGGAAGAGUCAGGCCUCUCCGUGUCUUAGCGUCACCAUCUCUGCCAAAGACAAGAUGCUUGUGAUCUGCACUGAUGACACAGCUAGCGAUGACAUGGAUGGUGACGCAGACCACCCCCGACGGGAACGUGAGCAUACAGAGGCACGGUUCCUUAGCGACCUAUUACUGGAGGAGGGCCGUUGGCACCAUAUGGUACUGGUGCUCAACAAGGCGCUCAUAAGAAACAGUACAGCUACUCUGUUCGUGGACGGACAACAUGUGGCAACCAACAAGUUGAAGUACAUCCAGGGGGGUCUGCCUUCACAAGAAAAUGCCAGCACUGUGGUCUCCUCCUACUUGUUUGGGUACAUCGGUACACCACCUAGCAAAAGGCGCUGCUCACGGUUGCUAUGGAGACUAGGCCCUGCACACCUCAUUGAAGAGCCCCUCACUGCAAGGACCGCCAUGAAAAUGUUCCUCCUGGGCCCUAAUUACGUGGGUAGCUUCCAGUCACCUUGUCUAGAGGGCGACUCUGUGUAUGCUCUGGAAAAUGCGGACCCACUCGUCUCUGAAGACAAGGUCAUGUUUGGUGUCCAUGCGCAUGCGCAAUCAGUCCUUACCAUGGCCAAGAUGCGCAAGCACUUCCGCCGGCCAGACACGCGUGCUAUCAGCAGAGAGCUCGGCCUGUCGACCACCGAGAACACCACGCCCGUGCGCCUCAUCCACAACACCGCCGCACACCUCUUGGGGCCCUCCCGCACGAUAGGCGCUGUCAUUAUCGGAUGCUCCGGGGUACGCUCCUUCUGCCCCAGCCCCGUGACCAAGCUUAUGGAGUGCAUAGGGGGUGUGUCGUGUCUACUGGGACUCAUCGCCAUGGCGAAGGACGUGGAUGUACUGUACGCAUCUGUCAAGGCGCUGAGCUGUGUUCUAAGGAGUAACCCGGCGGCGAGGAGAGACAUGGAGAGAACGAGAGGUUACCAGAUUCUAGCGUUCCUCCUUCGCAAGAAGCAAUACUUGCUGAACACUCACAUCCUCCACCUGACCUUUGCAUUGGUUGGUACGGUGGACAGCGACCGCGAGUCUUCUAUCAUCCCCAACAGAAUCGCCUUCAGGGAUCUGCUCUGUGACCUUGAGGUUUGGCAUGACGCCCCGGCUGACCUUGAGCGUUCCCUCUACUCGCACUUCCUUGAGCUUCUCGGACCAGGAAAUGAGUCCCAGGACAACGCUGAUCUCAUGCACCGUUUAGGACUGGUACCCAAGCUCCUUUUCGCCCUCCAAGAUGAUAGCGUCACAGAUGCGACCGCGCACACUAUAGCCAGCGUGCUUUCCGUGUUACUUAGUAACGUCAAUGAGACAAAGAACCUCUUGCGGUUCGGCCAAUUCCUUGCCUCCACCCUACCCCCCCUCCACGUCAACGAGAAUAACGUCAUAAUUGACGGCGCAAAACCUAGUGACGAGGAGGAUGAGUCGGAUGGUAGUUUGGACGGACCCUCCCCCCGACGAAUCAGCCUAAGGAAUGUGCUGCUUGAGCUUGUACUAUGCCUUGUGUACGGCGAAGGGGGAUCACUAGACCACAGGUUCGCGGACGCCCUCCAGGAAACGCUUGGCUUUGACUGGCUCAUGCUUUUCCUGCAACCCCACCUGCACAACAGCACAGUGGUCCGCGCCACGCGCAUCCUGGUUACCCUUCUGGGCAGUGGCCCCGCCCUGGAGAGAUUCAGAGAGGGGGCGUUCAACGGGGGAUGGCUCGCAGGCACGGAUAUCAUGCUUAUGAAGACCACUUACCAAGUAGCUGGGUUCAAUGUGGGGGCCGUGUCUGACGGAAAUGAGAAGUACGAAAUCUGCAAAGAGAUCAGCAACAUUCCAGGCUUCCUCGUGUUAUGCAACUUGCUACCUCGUCACGUGGAUAUCCCAGAGAUUUACCACCUGUUGAUAGCCCUGCUGCUUGGUCACCCUGUGUCUGAAGUGUACGCGGGUGCGCAGUUCGACUGGCACAAUUUGUACUCCGUGUUCUGGUCCAGUUCGUGUGCGGGCGUGAAGACCACGCCCCCUAGCCCACGUGACCCGGCAAAGUACACCAUCUACUGCUCAGAGGCGGCGUCUGUCCUUCUGUCCAUGGCGAAGGCUAUGGUCAAUGAGGCUUGGGAAGACACUGAAGAGGGAUCUUGGCUCCGGGAGUAUCCAGUGACCCUGAUCCAGUUUCUGCUUUUCCUGUACAACAAUGUGCAGCAGUUUGGCGCCAUCUGCACAGGUCACGAAUUCCUGGAAAGUCUAGUGGCUGUGUUAUUUCCUAAGCGAAGAAGGCAGCUGCGCAGUCGCAAAGAGUCCACAUCUGACAGCGAUAAGGAAGACAAAGAGGAUGAGUCUUCCGCUGGGGUACCUGUGGCGGACAACACUCUUCUCAUCACCCAUUUGGCGUACGAGUGCAUCUUUGACUUCCUGCGAGUCGUCAUGACGGAUGGCCUCACUUGCACGCCUGCCAGCAAGGGGCAGGCCGUCAUCGAUAAUGUCCUCGAGGCGUACCCCUCCACGUGUAGCCAGCCCCAGCAAGCUGAGUACCAGUCACGUGUUCUCAAGGCGCAGAUGGACUACCUGUUAGGCGGAAACCUGCUAACCAACCCUACUGCCGGCGCGGGAAAUCAUUCCAAGAUUGUUGCUAACGUGUUCGCUUUUGCUUCAAAAUUGGUGGAUAAAUUGUGGCUUGGUAACUUUACAGACGGCUACAAAACAGUGUUUAACUUCAGUACAAGUGUCAUCGAAGCCGUUAAAGGUCAGUCCGUGCCCUUGGAGAGUAUAUACCAUUCGCUGAACAGGACAAUUCUGUACCAGCUGUCACGUCCUCUAGCAAGACUUACAGACCAAACAAGCCUGUUGGAGUUCUUGCACAUACUCACCACCAACAACAAGCUAGUGUUUGCACCAUGUAAUAAUGAGCCAGAGUUUAUCGCGGGGCUUUGCCAUUGGCUCCUUGUUAUGGGGACACAAAAGUCACGGUCCUUCAGGAGCCAGGUCCCAAGCUCCAGCACACCUACCAAGGAGGGCGACAACAGCGUUCAGUUUCCACCAGGUCCAGGUAGCGAGGUUGCCGAAGAAGUACCAGAGGUACUGGAUGAGUGGGUGGAGGUACCCGAGGAAGAGUCCAGCUGUACCCGUCUGCUGGCAGCCGCUGCUGAGCGUGUAUGGGACAUCUUCCUGAAGAACAAGAGAGAGGCCAUUGAUGACACCUUCAAGGUCGACUUACCCAAACCCAGCUUCACAUCCUAUAGCCCAAGGGAAUACUCUGAUUUCAUGCCGGGUGGCAGCGCAAACUUGAAUCUUGACUUGAAGUCAGUGAGACCGUUGAUAGGUGACGCGGCCAUGAGACUAUGGGUCAGUUACGUUACUGGCGAAGAAAAACAUAAGGCAGAGACCCUUAGCCAGCAGAAACCCAAGCCUCGGCGCACCGGCACCCGUCUGACCACCAUGAAGAAGACGAAGAAGGAGUCACGUGACCUGGAGGCACUCUCCAAGGAAGCGUUUCUAUGGAUACCAAAACACAUCAAAGUCGUGAGGGACCUUGUACGGCUACACUACAAGAACCAUCAACAGAACUACCAGCUGAUCUCCAAGUCGAUAGCAGAGGAGUGGUCACUGAUGGAGCGCGACUUGACGCGCGAGAGAGGCUUGUGGGGACCGCCCCACGGGUCACGACUGGACAAAUGGGCAUUAGAUAUGGUGGAAGGUCCUCAUCGGAUGCGCAAAAAGAUGUGUCGCAACGAGCUCUUCUACGUGCACUACCCAUACGACCCGAGGUCCGAGAAAGCAAGCAACUUGAAGACCAGCAGGAACAAGCGUGCAACAAGUGCAGACAGCAAGGCGUAUUACCUGGUCCGCGGCAAAGCCAUGUUUGAUGUCGGGCCCUUUGAGGCUGUCGCCCAACAGCCACAAGCACUAGUGAACAAGAAAGCUGCCCCUCUUCGCGCUAUUUCCACCGACCCGGGAUAUUUCACGUCUGAGGCAAACGAGGAAUCUGAGGUUGAGAAUCAAACAAUCGUGAAGCUUCUCGAGGCUGGCGAGAGGAUCCGCUCCAUGUACCGUUGUGCGCGUGUCCAGGGGUUAGAUACCGCUGAAGGCUUGUUCUUAUUUGGUAAAGAACACUUCUACGUCGUGGACGGCGUCACUCUGCUCUCGACAAAGGAGAUCAAAGACAUCGACUCCCUCCCACCUGCGACCCACGAGCCGAUCAUUCCACGCAGCUCACACGAUAUCACCAAGUCUUACACCAAGCAAAGAAUGUGUAGCAAGUGGGCCUAUGAAGAUAUCCGUGAAGUGCACAAAAGGAGAUACCUUCUCCAGCAGACCGCUCUUGAGGUGUUCUCCAGCGAUGGGCGUAACCACUUCCUCGUCUUCCCUAAACCAGUCAGAAACAAAGUCUACGAGAAGCUGGUAACCACCGCCCCCACACUACUAGACAGCGCUGCCGACUCUGUGUCUGGCAUGAAGAGAGAUACUGAUGUUGAAGCAGGAUUAAGUCUCAUAAACACAUUAAUGGGUGAACGCUCCGUUACACAAAGAUGGGAGCGUGGUGAGAUAACGAAUUUCCACUAUUUGAUGAAUCUGAACACUUUGGCUGGGCGGUCUUACAACGACCUAAUGCAGUACCCAGUUUUCCCAUGGGUCCUUGCGGACUACGACUCGGAGGAACUUGAUCUGACAAAUCCGAAGACGUUCCGAGACUUCUCGAAGCCUAUGGGUGCACAGGGAGCCAACAGACUGGAGCAGAUAUUGAAGCGGUAUCGAGAAUGGGACGACCCCCAUGGAGAGUUGCCGCCGUACCAUUACUGCACACACUACUCAUCGGCCAUGAUCGUAGCGUCCUACCUUAUCCGCAUGGAGCCCUUCAGCCAACACUUCCUCCGAUUACAGGGCGGGCAUUUCGACCUCCCUGAUCGACUCUUCCAUUCCGUGAAAGACGCAUGGUUGUCCGCUGCAGAGACGAACAUGUCAGACGUAAAGGAGCUUAUCCCAGAGUUCUUUUACUUGCCCGAGUUUCUGACCAACCAAAAUAACUUCGAUCUAGGCGCCAAGCAAAACGGUGAGCGGCUUGAUCACGUGAUUCUACCUCCCUGGGCUAAGAACGAUCCUCGUGAGUUCAUCAGACUACACAGAAAGGCGCUUGAGUGUGACUAUGUGAGCGCAAGACUUCACGAGUGGAUAGACCUCAUAUUUGGCUAUCGGCAGCAGGGCGCGCCGGCAAUAGAGAGCACGAACGUUUUCCAUCAUCUUUUCUACGAGGGCAAUGUGGACAUCAGUGGAAUUGAUGACCAAGUCAAGAAGACUGCAACUAUUGGAUUCAUCAAUAACUUCGGACAGACUCCCAAGCAGUUGUUCAAGAGACCGCACCCUCAGAAGAAAGUCUUCAGGGCGGCAGAAGCUGACUUGCAGUUGAGUGUUGGUGCUGCUGUGAACGUGGACCGACUUUUCUUCCACAACCUUCCCAACCUCGUGCCCUCAGCACAACCUGUAAAAGAACUGAAAGGUCCUGUCGGGCGUAUCAUCCAAUCCGAGAAAGGGAUGCUCGCCGUGGAACAAAACAAAGUCCUUAUCCCGCCUCACUACAACCGCUAUGUCGCAUGGGGCUUUGGAGAUCUGAGCAUGCGCAUGGGGCUUUAUGAUACGGACAAGAUUGUGAAUGUGUAUGAGAAUUUCCACAUCGGACAAGUAUUGUGCGCGGCCUGUCCGGACUCCCGGACGCUUAUCACUGGUGGUACUAGCACGCUUGUGUGCGUGUGGGACUUGGUGAAGCCCGUUGGUCGAGACAGGAAACCACAGAUCCUGUUACAUGAGGUAUUAUACGGCCAUCAGUCCACGGUCACGUGCCUCGCCGUUUCAACCGCCUAUAACCUGAUCGUCAGUGGGUCAGAGGACCAAACGUGCAUUAUUUGGGAUCUAAACAAGCUGAGCUACGUCACACAGCUAUCCGGUCACGCCGCACCUAUCACGGCCAUCGCCAUCAACGAUCUCACGGGUGACAUAGCCACGUGCGCAGGCACGCACCUGUACGUGUGGUCGGUAAACGGACAACUGAUCGUGAAGGAAAACACCGACAUUCUCCGAAUCAACAACCACAUUCAAUGCUGCGCCAUGUCCGAGCUCUCUGGCUGGGACGAGAAGAACGUUAUCCUGACUGGAUCUUUAGAUGGCGUUGUCAAGAUGUGGGGUAUUGAGUUUUACAACGAAGCGGAAAAAAAAAAUGCUCGACACAAGAGACCGGCAUCCCAACAGAUCGACAAGAGUCCCCAACCGACCCCUCCCACCAAACAACCCACUGAGAAACCGGAACCGGAAGAGGCGCCCAGCAAGAGUGAGGAGAUCGAAGGAGAGCCUCGUCCUGAGGACGCUAAAAGCUCCAUGGAGGGAGGAGAGGGUGGUGAGGAGAGAGUGCGAGGAAUGUCAAAGGUUUCCCAGGCGUCCUCUAACUUAGAUGAGGAAUAUGUGAUCAUAGAUCCGCGAGAACAGAAAGUGCCCGAAACGAAGCCGAUGCCAGUAUGGCGGCGGAAACUAGUCUUACGUCACAAGCUGACCAUGCACACAGCUUUUGACCGAGAAGACAAUAUGGCGCCCGCCUCCGUCACCUCCCUUCUCAUUUCCAAAGAUCACCGCAAGCUUUUUGUUGGUGACGGUAGAGGUCGAAUAUACAGCUGGUCUGUUACGGACGCCGCAGGUCGAAUGCCCGCUGAUCACUGGAUAAAGGACGAAGGCGCAGAGACGUGUUGUUCAUGCAAGGUCAAGUUCACGUUCUCUGAGCGACGCCACCAUUGCCGCGAUUGCGGACGCCUUUUCUGCCAGAAAUGCAGCAAAUACGAAUCGUCCGUUCUUCGAUUACAAAUCUACCGACCCGUGCGAGUAUGCAAGGCGUGCUACCAGAAAUUACGCAAAGAGCAAUCCAAGAGCUAGAACACCGCCACUUUAGAGACCUAUAUAUCGGAAGAAAAUAUACAGACGCCCCAGCUCAUGUCUACGCCUUCUAUUAACGAUCUUAUGCAAAUGGGCCGGUGGAAAAAUGGAAAGGAACAGAUUAACAGCCAGGGAUAGAACGCUUGAUAAUUUGCGUCAACAGCAAAGAGAAACCCUAGCUGUGUAUUCAGAGAUGAAUCGUGCUUAAUUGAAAUAGAGCAUGGACACACAAAAGCUCAGCAUAAGAAAUUAUCAACACCUUUCUGUUCUGCAAGACAAUUAGUCAAUUGAACAAGUUUAGCUUCCUAGCCAAACCUUAAUCUUGCAUUGUAGGUCGAGUUUUAUCAAAAGUCUGGUUCUCACUUAGACGAAAGCACAGAAAAAGUAAUUCUUGAUGCCGCUUGAACGUAAGCGGAUGGACAAGAGCAAGUAUGGGAGCCGAGAACAGGGACUUAGGGUUAGAGUUGGAUUUAGGAAGUGGACCGCUGAACUGGGUUACCGUUGUCUGCUUUCAUACAUAAGAGAACGUAACUGAUUGAUUCCCAUGCGCUUGGGCUUGCAAUUGCUCCUAUUCUUGUGUCCUAGCAAGAACGAAUGUAGAACCAGGAACGGCUAAGAGAAAGACCACGGUCAAGUAGACUAAAUGUUACCACAUAUUAACCUUAUUUUAUUAUUUUAACUUGUAGUUUUUUUCCCCCGGACACAGGGUUUAUUACUUGCUGCAUCAAUUUCAUUCAAAUGUUGAUGUUACUUUGGGCUCGAUAAUUUUUCCAAAUUAAUUAUUUUAGUAUUUUUAUACAUCUGGGCAUUGAAAGCCCAUGUAUGAUAAAUUAGAUUGAAUAACUGAUUUUACAAGUGAUGGAAAUUUUUAUAAAAUUUUCCAAAUUAUAGAAUUUUACUUUGAAUUUUGUGAAAUAUUCAGAACUACCGCAUGGUAGUAACAUGUGCGAAUAUCAAAAAAACACUAGUAAUGGCAUGUUUUGGUAUACAAAUACCAUGUUUGGGUAUUUACUUGUUGGAGUCUUCAAAAUACCAUAUUUGGGUUACCAGUCGUGGUAUUCAAAAAUGCCAUAUUUGGACAUGUACCAGUCGUUUUAUUCAAAAACACCAUAUUUGGACCUGUACCAGUCGAGGUAUGCAAAAUACCAUAUUUGGGCCUGUACCAGUCGUGGUAUUCAAAAAUGCCAUUUUGGGUGCUAAUUACCCGAGAUGUUCAUUUUCCUUAUCAGGAAAUCUUCAGAAUUAGAAUAGCUUGAGGAUGGGUUAUAAACUAGGACGCUCUUUAAUAAUCGAUUGAUAGAAUUACCAACGAAUUGUAUUAUUAUUAUUUUUUAAUGCAUUCAGAACUUUCGGGAUUCUCGGGGCGUAGAGGGUGUUCAAUGCUAUCGUGUCUCUGUAAAUAGUGCGUGCCUAAGUAAAAAUCAGUAAAAAUAACCUGGAAGUAAAUAAAACAAAAAGAAAUA